GACUCGGCCGCCAAUCCCUCCUCCGUCAACUCGACAUUAUUUUUCUUCUUACUCAAACCCUCCAUGUCAGUAGGUUGUGCAAUUGUCACUUGAAAAUUCACAGCUAGAAUAAAAAAGAAAGUCACUUCUCAAUUGGACAUGCGACCUAUUUUCUCGGCCCUCCAGCGGGCCGCUCCUCGGGCAUGGCAACAUCCCAUAACCUCGUCCGCUCGAAGUCCGCGCACAGCAUUCAAGCUCGAUUCAAUUUGUGCCAGAUGCCGCCAUCAACAGACCCAGGUCCGUUACUUCAACGGUCAACAGAUGGGCGAUGAUCAGCGCUGGUUAUCAGUCGUGGACCACCCCGCGCAGAUUGUCCGAACUGGCCGCAAACAUGGACCAGGUUUAAUAAUUUUGGCAUUGAUCCCUAUCAUUUCCUUCGCUCUCGGAACAUGGCAAAUCCAACGUCUCGACUGGAAAACAAAGUUGAUUGCGAAAUAUGAAGACCGCCUUGUCAGAGAACCUCUCCCGUUACCUCCACGUGUCGACCCAAGUGUCGUUUCUGAAUUUGAUUAUCGCCGUGUUUAUGCUACAGGUCUGCUCCGUCAUGACCAAGAGAUGUUGAUUGGGCCGCGCAUCCGUGAAGGUCAGGACGGAUUUAUGGUUAUCACCCCGCUGGAGAGAGGGGAAGGGGAAAGUACGGUGUUGGUUAACAGGGGAUGGAUCUCCAAGAAUAUGAUGGAACAGAAAGACAGGCCGGAGGGGCUACCAAAGGGCGAAGUAACCGUUGAAGGCUUGAUACGGGAACCUUGGAAGAAGAAUAUGUUUACACCGGAUAACAAGCCGGAGGAAGGAAGAUUCUACUUUCCGGAUGUUGAACAAAUGGCUGAACUGACAGACAGUCAGCCGGUAUGGAUAGAGCAAACAAUGGUCCAGGAUCUGAUAGCGGCAAUGGACCGGGAAGCAAAGGGCAUUCCCAUUGGUCGUGCUGCUGAAGUGAACCUAAGGAACAACCACAGCCAGUACAUCUUCACAUGGUACGGAUUAUCUCUCGCGACAUCUAUCAUGCUAUGGAUGAUUAUUCGGAAGCGGCCCAACGAGGCUACCCGCCGUGUCCGUCAGAAUAUAAGUUGGUAAACUACCUGUGAGACUGCGCAUUGGGUACUGGCGUUCGGAUUGUUGGAUAUGAUAUAUCACUGUAAUAUAGUUGUACUGUUCAUCUGGGAGGUAUCGCUAGUCUCAUGUCCUGCAAGAGCUCCUUCGGUAGAUGCUUUUGAGCCAGAGAGAACACCGUUGUAGUGUUGUUGAGAUGGCGUUGCCUCCUCAUUAAUGCGGUGACGUCG